CGCCGGCUUGUCUAGCCGCCGCCGGCACUCGGUGGUUCCCGGCGGCGCUCGGGCGGCUUGCGCGCCGGGAGCCCCGGGACGCGCUGCGCACGUGGAGAGGCGCGCGGGCCCCCGAGCUCGCCUCCCGGCCGCAUGUUUGAGGAGCCCGCGUGGGCCGAGGAGGCCCCGGCCGUCCCGGACCCCCGGCCGGUGCCCUUACGGCCGCGGCCCCCGGCAGCCUCGCACACCAAGGGAUCCAAGCGCCGCCGGCUCUUGGCGACAUUAAGGGUCCUGGAGGCAGCAGCUCUGCCCCGGCAGCCCCCCAGCCUGCCCGGUAGUGACUCUGAGGAGGAGGAAGUGGUGGAGAGGAAGAGGAAACACCCGAAAAAGGCCUUAUGUGCCAGUGCUUCUCCCGAAGGAGAGAAGAAAAGAAAGAAGAAAUGUCAAAAUCGGGGCCCGCCUGGCAGUGACUCUGAGGUAGAGGAAGCGGCAAGGAACAGGUGCCACGAAGGGGCUCUUCGUGGCAGAGACUCUGCUAACAAAGAGACAGGAAAGAGGAAACACCAGAAACGGGCCCCUGCAGAUCCUGCCCAGCACUUGGGCAGUGUUGCCCAAACAGGUCCUAAAGCUUGGAAUUCUAGUGCUGCAAAUGACCCCACCAAGCCAAGCCCUGAGACCCCUUCCUCUGAACCCCCCCGCACCUUGAGUCGCAAGCAGUGGCGGAACCGGCAGAAGAAUAAGCGAAGACAGAAGAACAAGUUUCGCCCCCCUCAGCCCCCGGACCAGCCUCCGGAGCCGGCCCCUGCCCCCACCCAGGAGACAGAGGUGCCUCCUGCCGCCGGGCCAGAUGGCCCCGGGGCCCGGGCCGAGGCCCUAAGGGCCCGCAUGGCCCAGCGGCUGGACGGCGCCCGCUUCCGCUACCUCAACGAACAGCUGUACUCGCAGCCCAGCCAUGCCGCGCAGCGCCUCUUCCAGGAAGACCCCGAGGCCUUCCUCCUGUACCACCGUGGGUUCCAGAGCCAGGUCAGGAAGUGGCCGCUGCAGCCCGUGGACCGCAUCGCCAGGGAUCUUCGCCAGCGGCCUGCGUCUCUGGUGGUGGCCGACUUUGGCUGUGGGGAUUGCCGCCUGGCCUCGAGCAUCCGGAAUCCUGUGCACUGCUUUGACUUGGCCUCCCUGGACCCCAGGGUCACCGUGUGUGACAUGGCCCAGGUGCCUCUGGAGGAUGCGUCUGUGGACGUGGCCGUGUUCUGCCUUUCACUGAUGGGAACCAACAUCCGAGACUUCCUAGAGGAGGCCAAUCGCGUACUGAAGCCAGGGGGUCUCCUGAAAGUGGCUGAGGUCAGCAGCCGCUUCGAAGAUGUUCGGACCUUCCUGGGGGCUGUCGCCAAACUGGGCUUCAAGGUCAUCUCCAAGGACCUGACCAACAGCCAUUUCUUCCUGUUCGACUUUCAAAAGACUGGGCCCCCUCGGGUAGGGCCCAAGGCUCAACUCGCAGGCCUGAAGCUUCAGCCCUGUCUCUACAAGCGCAGGUGACCUCUGGACCCCCCUUGGAAAGGGAGGCAAAUCUUGAACCCCAGGCUCAGACUGUUCCCGGCCAGGCUGUGACCCAGGACGUGGUCACCCUUCCUCCGUCCCACAAGCAAAAUGUAAUGAGCGCCCUGGCUCAGUCUUGCUUUAAUGAAGGCUUCUUGGUUCCAGGAAGUGUAAGGUCGUUUGGGCUGCAGCUGAAGAACAAGGAGCGUAUCGUGAGAACACGGCGGUAUCUGGAAUUACAGGGCCCCUCGGAGUCGUGAAAGCUUGGUUUGGGGUUCUAGGCAUCUCUGGGUUAGGCUCCUCUUUCCGUCUCUCAGGAGCCCAUGGGCUUCCUGUCCUAGCACUUUCCUUUCCUCUCUUCUCAUUUUCCCACCUGCGGACGAGCUCACCCCAGCUCCUCCUGCAGCUUGAUCCUGUCCAGGUCUUUAAGGCAGCGCUUCUUGGCUCUGGGGCACUGGUGCCACCACCCUUGUGGCUGGGCUUCCAGGUUGCCCCUGUACUGAAUACCUCUCUGAUUCUCAUCUCCAUCUUUGGAGCCUCAUGGCCCGAACUACUCCUGGUAGGGGAGUAGUCCUGGGGCUCUGAUGUGUGUCAGGCUGAGAGCAUAGAUUUUGGAAUCAGGUAGGACUGCCGCUUAUUGCCGAGAGUCUUUUACCCUUAGGUUGGUUGGUGAGGGUUUUUUUUUUUUUUUUGAUCACGCCUGUGGCAUGCACAAGUCCCUGAGCCAAGGAUCGAACUCACCACCACAGCUGUGACCGUGCUGGAUCCUUAGCCCACUGAGCCACCAGGGAACUCCCCCAGGAGUCUUUGAAUCUUGAAAGUCACGUUCCUCAUUUGGAAAAUGCUAGGAUUCCUGUCUCAUGAGGUUGUUGUGUGGAUUAACGAGGAAACGUGUUGCCAGGGCUGGGUACACAGGAGGUGCUCGAUAAACUACUGUAGCUGUGACUGUUGUGUGUUAUAAGCCAGACUGUUUUCUAAGGAUCUUCGCCAGGCAUGGUUAGGGAUUGAAGGGUAAAGAAUGCAUCUGUUGACUGAGAAAGACUUGGGGAACUCAAGAUAGGCCUUUCAACAUUCUUAAUUGUAUAGGGUACUUAAAGAUUCCUGAUGGGUUCUGAGCUGUUUCUGGAAGGGGUGGGGUAGGGUCUGGAUCUCUUCAUAUCACAGCUGAUUGGUGCCACUCAGGGUGGCAUCAGGCUCCUCGCUGGCAGGGGGUGUGUCUGUUUCUGCCCGGGGGCGCCCAGACCACCUUGUCCAAGGACAGCCAGUGCUGGGUCAUGACCUGCCUGAGAGUCCUUGGCCUCUUCUGGAAGGCCUGUGCCGUGGGCCCAAGCAUAAAACACAGCCUGUUUUACCUGAUUCAAAGAGCAAGACCUGCAGGUGACCACUGGGACGCAGGUUCCAGGGCUCUGAGCCAGUUAGGUGCCUCCGGUAAGGGGGGGAUGCUAGGGGCAGUCUGUGUAGACCAGAGAGCGUGUUUGGAGGCUGGACUGGGAAGCGUUUAGCAGAUAGAGUAGCUCAUACCUCGGCGUGGGCUUCUCUGCCGAAUGCUCAUCUGACUGGCAGCGUCUUACUCCUCCUUCCAGACGGGCCAGUGGUUUCCUUCUCCAGGACUCCCAAAGCAGGGCUGGCGUGUGCACCUGCACUCUUAGCGCUGUGUGCAAAGUGCGGCUUCAGGAUUUAAAUGUUGUGCGGUGAUUGCUUUGUGCCGUCGGCUGCUUCUCGCUCGUCUUUAUCCUUGUGUUCCCAGAGCUGGUCCCUUGAGAUUCUUCUAAGGAGGUGACAGGGACCAGCUGAGUGGGACUGAUGAAAGCAGGGGUGUCGCAGGAACCCAGGUUCAGGCCCACGAUGAGGGCACCUGACGAUGCCUCAGACGAUGGAGGAGGCAGGCAGGCAGGAGAACCUCUGCAGGUAGAACGAGGGACACGGAGGCUUAGAGAGAGAAGGUCUGAAGCACGGCUCGGGCGUCUGGCUCGGGCAGCUGGUUGGCUAGUGAUGCCGUUCAGGGUGGUGGCCUUUCGGUACCUGACUGUCCUUUGGAAAUGGGACGUAAACUCAGCAGCCUGGAGGAGGUGCUUCGGUCAUAGGGACAGGCAAGAUGGCCAGAGUAUGAUUAAGGAGAAGGGAAAAGGGCUCUGAGCUCUCAGGAGCAUGUGAAGUCUGGGAAAGAAGAAUAAACCAGUGAAGGUGACAAGCUGAGAAGGUUUGGCCACAGAUGCAGAAGUGAAACCAGGGGAGUGGACUUCACACGGAAGGGAUGGGGAGGCUGUCAGAUGCUGUUGAAAGGUCCGUAAAGUUGAGCGAGAAGCCAGAUCGCAGCAGGAGAGGACUGCAGUGCAAUGUCGAGGGCCUGUUGGAACUUACAGGGCGGCGUUCAUGAAUCAGUGACCCCAGCCAGCCCAGUGGGGGAGCUCGGCCUGCCCAGGAAUGUAGGUGUAGCAGUGGAAGAGUGAGCACUGAGGGAUCACCCGGGAUGGGAACCUUGCCGCCCCAUUGAAGUGAAAUCGAGCAGAGGAGGCUCAGACCGUUCGCAAGUCAGCGAUGGCAGUGCCGGACCACGGAAUUUUAUAGAACAGAUGUGUGAGUGCAGACGGGAGCCGGCUCUUGCAUUGGCAGUAAUUGGACCAGGAGUCUGGGAGCCUGGGAGGCUGGGCUCAGAAAUUGGAACUCAGAAUAGUUCCCAUAGGGAAGCAGAGCAGCGCCAGGCGAUGGCAGUGUCCAGAGUGUAGUUAUGGGGAGAGGACCCGGGAAGUGUGCGAGGGAGGCUCCAGGGAGACUGGUGAAGGCGCGCAGGGCUCAGGGCCUGGGAGGGCAUCUGCAUGGACUUGGCAGUUCUCCAGGGUGAUGGUUGCGGUUGGCUCGUAGCAGGUGCCAACCCCUUGAAGAAGGGGGCGGGACCAGGAGAUGUGCAGACAAAGGGUGGGAGAGGCUGGAUGGCACGGAUGUCAGAAGGAUCGCACAGCCCACUGGAGAGGCUUCCGGUCGGGGGGGAUGUGAGGCUGGUGAGUGGGGCUGGCUGCUGGGCAGCCCAGAUCCAAUACCCUGAGCGUCCUCUCCAGCUGGUCGGGAUCCCCUGGGGAGACGGCUGUGACGGCAGCUCCACGGGGCAGGAGGCUCAAGCCGUCCAUCCCAGGCCUGUUUUGGAGGAGCCGGGCCCCUCGCUGUAAGACACACGGCUCCUUUUACGGUGUCUCUGUUUCCGGUGCCAUUUAUCCCCCUAGGCCUCGAUUCGCUUCCCCUGGUCUCUCACCGUGCUCAGCAGGACCGCUGGGCUCCGCCGCCUCCCUUACUUGUGAUUUGGAUUCUCUCUCUGCCUGUCCUGGCUCGAGCCACCUGAGUAAAUAUCUUUCUGGGUCUGACGCGGGCCCCCGGCUCCCCCUCGCUCAGCCCAGCCGCCACGGUUCCAUCCGCGGAUUCUGCAAGCAGGGCUCUCCUGAGUCGGGUCCUCCCCGCUCCAUCAUCAGCCUCAGGACAAGCUCCCGUUCAGGUUCUUGCCUGGGCUUGGGUGUCUGACGCUGGGAGUCUAGACCGAAGAGAGGACGGUGUGUUUCCUGAAGAAGUCACAGCACGCCGCUGUGUAAGCCGCGGUGAGGCCAGUUUAAGGAACAGUUUGCGAGCGGGAGGCCAGAGUCCUAGUACGCGGUACACGGGAGUGGGAAGGGGUCCAACUGGAGACUCCACUGGGACCAUUCAGGAAGCUCGAGGUAUUUAUCCCCAAAGCCCAGGGAUGGGGAAUCUGGAGCCCGACUCCUGCCUUGGAAGUGCAGCGGCGAACAGAGGCCCGCUCAGGGUCUGGAAGGUGGCGACGUCAGCACAGAGAAGCCAGGGGUGCGCCUCGUGGGCUCGGGAGGGAGGGGCAGACCACCCAGAAUAAAGCUACAGGCGCCGGGGCCAAGGGGGCUGCAGAAGAGGGCCCAAGAGCCCUGGCCUGGGGCACAGAAACGCCAGUCAAGCAGGAACCCUCUCCCCUCCUGCUUCGCAGCUGGGUGCAGAGCAGUCAGCAGCUCUUGGGGGGCGCCCAGAGGGUCCCUCCUUCCCCAGCGCAGGCUCCUUGACUGAAGUGGAGCGGAGCUGGGAGGCAGAAGUAGUUAAAGGCACAGGAGGCGCCGGUUUAGACAUUGUGCUCACUUGACUUUGGGUUUGUAUCUUAAACUGAUCAUAAGACAUCCGUGAACUGAGAAGGCGCUGAAGUCUUGGCCUUGCUGCUGCUUUUCUCCACAGCAGGAGACGCGUCCCACAAACGGCCAGGAGGGGGUGAGAGACAGGAGCGGGCCAGGUUUGGGAGCGGUCUGUGCGCGGCUCCCUCGGCGUAUGUCCCUUUAGAGGUUCAGGGCCUCUGCCGUCGGGGCGGGCUCCGCUUUCGUCCCUGUCACACGGCCCUGAGGUACUCGGGUCCCAAGGAGGCCGCGUGCUCUGGCGGAGCCGCCGCUCAGCUCCAGUAACUCCAGCGCUUAGGGGACUGCACAGGCCCUUUGUGGGUUUUCACAGCGACCUCUGCUCAGGUCGCCCUCUGUCCCUGCGCCCUCCCAGGCUGGCCACCUGGCAGCAGAGUCAACUCCCUCCCGCAGAAGUCACCUUACUGGUCCUGUUGCUCCCACUUCUGUCCCCAGAGCCAAGUGAGCGGUUUAAAAUGGGCAUCGGAUACCUCGCUUCUCUGCUUAAAAUUCUUCAAUGGGGGAGUUCCCGUCGUGGCACAGUGGUUAACGAAUCCGACUAGGAACCAUGAGGUUGCGGGUUCGGUCCCUGCCCUUGCUCAGUGGGUUAACGAUCCAGCGUUGCCGUGAGCUGUGGUGUAGGUUGCAGACGCGGCUCGGAUCCCGCGUUGCUGUGGCUCUGGUGUAGGCCGGUGGCUACAGCUCCGAUUCAACCCCUAGCCUGGGAACCUCCAUAUGCCGCGGGAGCGGCCCAAGAAAUAGCAACAACAACAACAACAAAAAAUUCUUCAAUGGGGAGUCCCCGUCGUGGUGCAGCAGAAACGAAUCCGACCAGGAACCAUGAGGUUGCGGGUUCGAUCCCUGGCCUCGCUCAGGAUCUGGCAUUGCCAUGAGCUGUGGUAUAGGUCGCAGAUGUGGCUCGGAUCCUAUGUGGCUGUGGCUGUGGUGUAGGCUGGCAGCUGUAGCUCUGAUUGGACCCCUAGCCUGGGAACCUCCUUAUGCCACAGCAUUGUUUUCCACAGCCCUAACAUGUGGAAAACAAAAACAAAAAAAUCAAUGGAUUUCAUUGCUUUGAGAACAAAAGACGGCCCCUUCCCAGGCCCUGUGUGGUCUUGCUCAGGCCUCCCUUAUUCAGCUGCAUCUUCGCCAACUCCUUUUGCAGGAAACUCGAAACUCUAGGAAACUCUCGCCACGUGGGCCAGCAUUUCAUUCUUUAAGCCUUAGGAGCUGAGAGCUGUGGCUCCUUCUGCGUUGUUGCACUUGUGUGAUGUUUCCUCCUGGAUUGUCACUUGUUGCGCCGUCCUCCCAAGAUGCUCCUUUCCUGGCCAGUUCAUUUGCCUCCUCCUGAGCCUCACAGCAGCAGCACCUUCUGUGGAAAAAACCGGGCUGGCUGCUCACCGAAAUGUCCUUUUCCCGGACACAGUGUCCGAUGUUUCCCGGCUCCUUGCAUGGAGAUGGGGCCCGGCCCGUGGCACGUGAGAAGGGGUGAGGUUUCGCUUCCAGACCAGGGCAGGGGCAGCGGAGAUGCGCCGCCUCCACACCGGCACCCCUGCCUCUGCCUUCCGGGGCGGCCUCGACACGCGUGUUUUGACGAUGGAGACGCCGGGAUGUUCGAAUCCCUGCUUAGAGGAGAGUGGCUGGACCAGGAAAUCCACACUGGCUUUGAACAGGGGUAACCUCCCUGGCACUGGUCGUCUGGGGAGUGACGCAGAGCAGCCGCGCUGCUAAGUCUUCCCUGCACAGACCUGUGCCCCCUACUGUCGAUCACACAGCCCCCCUCGUUUCCUUCAAGGGGCUUCAGCUGUUUAGUUGUCUCGCCAGAUGCCAGUCAACGCUUCCCCGUUCUAAGAACUGGAGUCCUAGUUGGGGGGAAAAACGCUCACAUGAGGAAGCUGAGGUACUGAUUUUAUCCGUUACAUCUUCAUGGUGGCCAAAGAAAAAGAAAAAAAAAUCCCACUGAAGACUGUCUUAAAACACGAUCAGAUUUUUCUUCUCCUGAAACCGGAAGCCUGAUGGAUGCUGGUUAUUGGCACCGGCUCAGCAGUUGGAGGGGGCUAGCAGUCGGGUGGGUGAUGCCCUGGCCCCUCGGUUCUCAUGGUCACAAGCUAGUGGCUUUUGAUUGCGCAGAGGCCUUGCCCACUGCUACCCUUCCCAGAAGCCUGCGGUUGCCACAGCCCUGCCUUUGGGGCUUUACCUCAAGGGUUCCUCUGCAUCGUUAGUGUUGUGGUGUAAAUAUGUUCCACUAUGUGGCCAGGCCCAUCUGUGAGCCUAUUUGUCCCCCUGCCUUCUGAUCACUUGGCCACUCCUCUGGUCAGGGCUGUUCUCCCCCAGCCCGGUGGGGGUGGGGAAGCCUGCCCUCCACUCAGUUUUCCCUCCUGGGUCACUUCCAGCACUGGGAUGGGCGAGGGCAUAUUGGAGGCAGAAAGACUAGCGUUGUUGGGCUCCGUCCGUGUGUUCUACGAAGACAGGCUUCAGCGUUGGCUCAGGGUGUGGGGUGUUGGGGUUCUUUGGAGCCCCCUGUGGGGACGGGUGCACUUGCUGGCUUUGGUUCCUUCCUGGCCACGCUCCGCUCUCACUCCCCGUCGGCUCCUCAGCUUCAGACCCUGUCCGCGUACCUAUCCUGCCAGGGCUCAAGCCCCUCACCCUGGCAAGCUGCCCUCCUUAAGCCUGGUUGCUUUUCUGGGAGCCCACAGACCGCGUGUGUGCCUGGGCUGCCGAACAGCCACAUGCAGCCUCGCCAGCAGCUGACUCCUCUCCCUCUACCCAGCCGCCUCUGAGCUUGCCAGGUCUCUGGGUCCAAACCCCAUUCAGAAGGGAUUCAGGUUACUUCCUCCCAGGAAGCGUCUGCUGCAGGAUCCCCCAGGGGCCGCAUGGAGCUGGGUCUGUAAGGUCCCGAGUGUAGCCGGCCUCUCGCUGGAGAACGUAAGGCUGAGUGGCUGCAAGGUCUGUCCCUCUCAUGGGAACAUGAAAUGGCUUUCGGCUUCUGCUGGAGUCUUUCUCCCUUGGCUUAGGAGGGAGGGAACAGCACCACUGCUUUGCCAUUCAGGGAGAAGUUCUCUUUAUUCCAAAAAAUUCCCAUCACUAAAGCUUCCAUUUCUUUCUUCUUUUUUGGUCUUUUAGGGCCGCACCUGAGGCAUAUGGAACUUCCCAGGCUGGGGGUGGAAUUGGAGCUACAACCGGCAGCCUACACCACAGCCACAGCCACACUGACUCUGAGCUGUGUCUGCGACCUACACUGCAGCUGGUGGCAACGCCAGAUCCUUAACCCACUGAGCGAGGCCAGGGAUCGAACCUGUGUCCUCAUGGAUACUAGUCGAGUUUGUUAACCACUGGGUCACAACAGGAACUCCAAUAGUCGGGUUCUUAAUCUGCUGAGCCACAGUGGGAACUCCUGCAUUUCUAACCUCACAUACAAGAAGAAGGUUGGUGGUCUCCGUGUCGGCGUUAUUAUCCUAGAGGAAAUCCUACGUGGAUUUAUCGACCACCUGUACUUAACAUCCUCUUGUGCAAGGAUUCUUUUAAAAUAUGAAUAGUUCCUGUGUGCACCUGCAGGCUUUUUAUGGAGUAUUAUCAACAAACCUUAUUUCUUAUUUUUUUCCUUUUAUUCAACUGUUUUUAAUACUCAGCCGUGUAUCAAUCAGGGCCCAGUCAGGAAGCUAGAAACCACAGUAAGUAUUUCACAUAGAGGGCAUUUAAUGCAGAGAAUUGAUUACAAGUGAUAGAAAGCCGAACGCGUCAGAAGACGACGCUGAUGUCAUUAAAAAGUAGUAGCUGGAGAAUUCAGGUAACCUGGGAAGACAAAGGGAAGAAGCACAUGAUUAUCAAACCAGCAGCUCAGAGAAGGGGCCCUUGCUGGCUGGUCAGUACUCAGACCUUUGUGGGGGAAGCUCCUUGAACGUCUGAGGAACGGCAUGACCUCAAGGGUGCUGACGGCCAAGCGGGGGCAGAUCUGCCAGUACCACUGAGAAGUGUGGCAAAGCUGCUGCAGAGUGGAGGAGAAGCUGGUAGUUGGAGCCAGGUGUCUGCAGCUGGGGGAACUUGACGGCACCUGGAAAGGAGGUGUGAAUACCACCCCCCUCCUUCUUUCACUCUCCGUUCCCCUUUGCGGCACCCCUGUGGCGGUACCUAACAGAACCACCUGGCCUUGGGUUCUGGGAAAUAGGAUUUGCAGAGCCAGUGUGUGUGGGUGGGAGUCGAGAGGGAGGUGUGUUGCCCCGGGAGACAGAAGCGUGUAGGAGCCAGAAGGAGAUGGGUGAGUAACGAGCAUCACCCGUGCAGCUGCUCAUGCAUCCAGAUGCCUGCUCUCAGCUGGGAAGUAGCCUGUUGAGAGCAUCUGCCACAGGAAAUGCACCCGCCCCCCUGGUUGCCGUCUUGAGAGGUUAAAAUCCUUGCAGCUGGGGUUCCAAGGACAAAGUAAGUUCCCCCAGGUGGGUGCGCUCCUUGGAGAUCUGGGAAGUGAGGGUUGUCUUCCCGCUGCGUGGCUCUUUGCUGGAGGCGCGUUUAGGGGUCGGGCUUUCCGCAGCAGCAUUCCCGCCACAGCAAGCCCCAAAGAAGGACGCCUCCUGGGCGGCUGAAGUUCAACAUGGGACUGGAGGUUCAGCAGGUAAGAUAAAUCUACUCUGUUACAAGUCUGGCUGUGAUAAAGUAGUUAAGAAGAAAAUUCCUGGAGGUUAAGUUACUCGGAAGCACUGGCAAGUCCAGGGAGCGAGGCUUAGAGAACAGACAGGAGCCACAGGAGGACGAACGAGUGCAGAGGAAGGCCGCCCUUCGGAGUCGGGCAGGAAAGGCUGGCACUGCUGGCACCACUGCUGCCUGACUCUGCUCUCACGCUUGUUGGUCCGCAGACUGAGGCUGAGAGUCGCGUUACUCCUCCUCGGAGUCGAUGGUGCUGUGUUAGGAUCGGCUCGGGCAGGGCCGCUCUCCUGCUCUUUGUGACACUUUCCUUUAUUCGGCACGUCUGUUCCUCUGCCGCCGUGUGUUGGCUGUGUGGAUGCCUGGGUGUCUUUGGCAAACCAGAUGGUGGUUUUGGUACCUGGAUGUUGCGACAGAGACUGGCCUUGCCGGCUGUUCCAUACCCCGCUUGCUUCUUGCUGGGGAUCAGCAGGACCCUCCCAGCUUCCCUUGUUCUCCAGUGUGGCCAUGAGACUGAGUCUAGCCGGUGGGAGAGCAGUGGAGCUGGGGUGUGCUGCUUCUCUGACGUGGUCCCACGUUUUCCUGGGCACAGUCCCCCAUGUCUUUUCCAUUUUGGCCAACUUGAUGCCUUGGCGCAUUUGACCUCACAAGCUACCCGUUGGAGAUGAUGAAGCCAAAAGCCCGGAGGAGUCUGAGCAUCACUUGGAGCAGAGCCACCCACCUCAGGAACCUCUGCUUUGGCCUUCGUGUGAGUGAGAAAUAAAUGUGUAUCUUUGGGGGCACUAUAUUCUUGGUUUGUUGCUACAGCGACUAGUAACUUUUCUUAAAAUCCCUUUUAAUUGAACAGGUCAGAAAAGUAAAAAUAAUAAUAACGCCCAUCCAGAAAAGCAAGCAAAUGUGAAGCCUGGUGGUUUAUCACAAGGCAACACCCAUGGAACCACCACCCAAACUAAGAAACAGAACAUUGUCAACACCCAGAGCCUCUCUGUUAAGUCCCUUCCCGAACCUCAGCAACUCUAUUCUCUUGACUUCGCAAAGUUACCACCACCCUGGCUAUUACGACAUCCGUGUCCUCGCUUUCCCUGCAGUCUUACUAGUUAAGCAUCCCUACCGAAAUCCUACUUACCUGGGGUGUGUUUCUAUGUGCCUGACCUCUUUCACUCAGCACUAGGUUUAUGGGAUUCGUCUGUGAGUUGAGUGCAGCUGAAUUACACUCCUUUUUUUUUUUUUUUUUUGGUGUGGCCUCACCUAUGGCAUAUGGAAGUUCCCAGGUCAGGGACUGAAUCCGAGCCGCAGCUGCAACCUGUGCCACAGCUGUGGCAAUGCGGGAUCCUUUAACCCACUGCGCUGGGCUGGGGAUCAGACCUGCACCUCUGAAGCAAUCUGAGCCACUGCAGUAGGAUUCUUUAUCCACCGUGCCACAGUGGGAACUCCCUCAUUCAUUUUUAUUUCUGUAACAAUAUCCCAUUCUGUGAAGAAACCAGUUUAUUGAUUGAGUCAACUGCUGGUGUACAUUUGGGUUAAAUGGGCUGGGUCAUGCUGCAGGAGAUAAAAACCCUGAAUAGUAAUGGUUUAACCCCACAAAGGAUGAUUUUUGACUAGUGCCGCACAUUGGCAGGGACUCAGGUACCUAAACUAAUGAAACCCCGCUGCAGGACCCGCUUCCAUAAUCACUGGGGGGCAAUGAGACUAGACCACCCCCUGUGCAAAAGCGUCAGCCCAGAUGUGCCACAUCCUUUUUGCCCAUUUAAUUGACCGAAACAGGACCCACCGCCCCAUAAAGCUCCCUAGAUGGUCAGGACAUGGGCUCCUGCCGGCCCCGGAAGGAAGAGAAGCAGAGCAUGAGCCGCGUCCUCACUGGUGGGCGGUUUCCACGAAUAGCACUGCUCUGAAGGGGCCGCAGGUGCCUCUGGAGUGCGCGUGUUUCUGUUGGGAAUGUGGCUGCGAGGAAGACUGGUCGUGAGCUGUGUGUGUCCUCAGCUUUUAAUAGAAAACGCAGACUGUUCACAGAGUGUUCAGCUACAUACCGUCUCCGCCAGCGACGUGAGAGGUCACUCAAUGCGUCUGUCUGCUCUCUCGUGGGAUCCCCCCCAGUUCCGGCGUACAGUGUUAGGUUAUGUGGUUUAACUUUGCAUUUACCCGAUUCCUAAUGGGACUGACCUAUGGGUCCCCCUCUGUGUUUGAAAACCCUCUUCUGUCGAGUGCUCGUUCAAGCCUCUUGCCCUUUUUUCCUAUUGGAUUGUCUUUUCCUUGUUGAUUUUUGGAGAAGUUCUACACACACACACACACACACACACACACACACACACACACACACACACACACACAGGCCACGGUCCCCUUUGCUUGUAUGUGCUGUUCAAUCGUCUCCUCUUCUGUGGUUUGCCUUUUCACUCCCUUAAUGGGUGUCUGCUGACGAACCGAAGGUUUUGAUUUUAAUGUAGCCUAGUUUAUCCAUUGUUUACGGUUAGUGCUGUGUGUGCCUGUUUAAAGAGUCAUUUGUGGGAGUUCCUGUUGUGCUUCAGUGGGUUAAGAACCCAGCUAGUAUCCAUGAGGAUGCGGGUUCGCUCCCUGGCCUUGCUCGGUGGGUCAAGGAUCUGGUGUUGCCGCGAGCUGCAGCCUAGGCUGCACAUUUGGCCUGGAUCUGGCGUGGCUGUGACUGUGGCGUAGGCCAGCAGCUGCAGCUCUGAUUCCACCCCUAGUCUGGGACUUCCACAUGCUGCAGGGGUGGCCCUCAAAAGAAAAAACAUCGUUUCUACUCCAAAAUGAUGACGUUAUCUUACUAAAUUAUAUUCUGCAAGUGUUAGUAUUGGCUUUUCAUUAUGCUGCAACCCAUAUGCAGCUGAUUUUCCCGUGUGGUUAGAAUAGGAGCCAAGUUUAAUUCCAUCUAGAUAUCUAGUUAAUCUCAAAGAGUUCAUUGAAAAAAUUUUUUCCUGUUGCUGUCCACCUCUCUCUCUUUUUUCUACAUAUGUGUGAGGUUGUUUCUGGGCAUCCUGAGCCAUUCCUCGGUGUUUAUGUCCGUCUUCACACCAGUACCUCGCUUUUUAAACUGCAGUAGCUUCUCAUGCGUCUUAGUAUGUGAUACAGCAAGUCCCACACAUUCUUCUUCUCUCAAAAGACUGUUGCUGGCCCUUGGCGUUUCCAUGGUUGUCAAGCUCCCCAAAGACCCUGCUGGGAUUUUCUUGUGCUAUAGAUCAGACUGGAAUAUUUAUAAUACUGGGGCUUCUAAUUCCUUGGUCUUUGUGCUCCACUGAAUUAAUUGCUGUCCGUAAUGUUUUAUAGAUUUACGUGCUAAGUUCUUCUCGCACAUCUUUUGUUAGAUUUAUUCCUGACAUUUACUGUUUCUUUUUCAAAUGUCUUGCAAAUGGGAUCUUCAGAAGUUUCAUUUUCUGCUUGCUUGUGUAUAGAGGUACAACCGGGUGUUCCCGUCGUGGUAUAGAGGAAACAAAUCCAACUAGGAACCUUGAGGUUGCAGGUUCGAUCCCUGGCCUCGCUCAGUGGGUUAAGGAUCCGGCAUUGCUGUGAGCUGGGGGUGUAGACUGCAGACGUGGCUCAGAUCCUGCGUUGCUGUGGUGUAGGCUGGCGGCUACAGCUCCCAUUGGACCCCCAGCCUGGGAACAGGUGUGGCGCUAAAAAUAGAUUUUUGUAUGUGGACUGUGGAGCAUCAUCCUUGUUAAAUAACCUCACUGACUGUAAUAAUUUAUCUGUAUUCUUUUAUUUUGUAAAAUAAUACAGAUAUAUCAUCUCUGAAUAUCCUAUCAGUUUUAUUUCAUCCUUUCCAGUUUUAUAUCAUUUAUUUCUUUCAUCUUCACUGGCCAGGACAUCCACCACCCUGUGCAAGGAAAGUGGUUUGGGUGGAAGUCUUUGAACCAUUCACAGACUUGAAGGAAAAGCUUUCACUGUUUCAUCACUGAGUGUGUUGUCUGAAGUGAGAUUCUGAUUCACAGCUGUCAGAUUAAUAAUGUGCUCUAUUUGGUAUUAUUUGUAUCAUGAUUUAGAUUUUGAAUGUUGUCAAAUGCAGCUUCUUAAUUGAAACGAUCACAGCUUUUAAAAAAUUCUGUCAGCAUAGCAGGCAAAAGAUUUAUUUCCCUCUGUAAAAUCGACCUUGAAUCUUUGGAAUAAAAUCAGCUUAGUUGA